AUGGAUCAAUUUAGGUACAUCUUUGUGAUUCUUUCUUGUUUUGCCAUAACAGCAACGUUCGGCAAGCACACUCUUAGAGGUCACUCGACUAAAAACAACCGAGUGGUCGGUGGCUGCGAAGUGCCGAUACAAGACUAUCCGUAUCUAGUGCAUUUGAUGCUGGCAGGACCUGAGUCUCACCAAACCAAUGUAUACACUGUCUGCGGAGGAACAAUUGCUAAUGAGAAAUGUGUUAUCACCGCAGCUCAUUGCCUCACAGGAAUCGUUGAAGCGGGAAUGAGGGUUGGCAGUAAAGACUUUACGAAUGGUGGAACUAAAUACUUUUCUAAAACUAUUAUACAACAUCCAGAGUACAGUAGUAAGAAUUACGAUAUUGGCGUAAUUAAGUUGUCGAACCCAAUUGCGUUUAAUAACGACACUGUAUCGAAAAUUAAGUUUCCGAGUGACAAUUGCAGUCUUACUCCUGGUACCAACUUGACUACUCUUGGAUGGGGUGCAACCGAUCCACAUGGAGGCCCACUUAGCCAAAACUUAAAAGCAGUAACUUUAGCAGCGGUAUCAGAUGCGGAUUGUAAGAAGCUUUACUCGAACAUCAGCCCACAUAUGAUGUGCGCCGGAGUGUCUGAAGAUGGCAAAGAUUCCUGUGGGGGUGAUUCCGGUGGUCCAAUAAUAGUGACGGAAACUAAAGAGCAAGUGGGCAUCGUGUCGUUUGGGUUUACUUGUGCCAAAGCAAACGUACCUGGUGUUUACACUUAUCUUUGUGAUCCGAGUAUACAGAAAUGGCUGAAGGAAAUGGAAUGCGCCUAAGCAAUUAUUCGUGGUUAUUUGUUGCGUAGAAUAUGAAAAUAAAAAAAUAUAUGAAAAAAAAAAUGGAAUUGUUUGGUUAU